UGUGAAGGGUAACCCAUGGUCUUGAUCAUGGUGUGGAGCUCGGAGCUGAAGUCCCUGGCUCUGGGAACCAGCUGCCCCACCACAGACAUGCCAUCGGAGAAGGAGAGCAGAUCCCGACGGCGGGAGCGGGACCUUUCACCUUCCCAGUGGGAUUGGGACUGCCCCACCACACGGCGCCGUCUGGAAGAGCUGUAUUUCCGUGAGCAAGAUUAUAUCGGAGCUGGGUCUGAGGAUGUCCGUAACUUCUGGGCUUUCUUUGAGCGGCUCCGGCGUUUCCAGAGCUGGAGAACCGAAAGUGAGCCAACCCCCAGCUGCCACAACCAGGCAGAGCCCCCCGCCAUCGCCCACCGCCUCGACCUGCCCCGCCAGUAUGACCCCCGGUACCGCAUCAACCUCUCGGUGCUGAGCGCCGACAUGGAGGGAGCGAUCCGAGGCCGGCGAGGAGACUCCGGCGUGCCCCAGGAACGUCUCUCUGAAUUUCGUGCCGCUUUGCUGCACUACCUGGACUUCACCCAAAAACAAAGCUUCGCCAAACUGGCCAAACUCCAACGGGAACGAGCGGCGCUUCCCAUCUCCCAAUACCGGGACCAGCUCCUGCGUGCUGUGGCUCAAAACCAAGUGGUGGUGAUUGCUGGCGAUACCGGCUGUGGUAAAUCCACGCAGGUGCCUCAAUUCUUGUUGGCGGCCGGUUACAGUCACGUGGCUUGUACCCAACCUCGCCGUAUUGCCUGCAUCUCGCUGGCCAAGCGGGUGGGCUUCGAGAGCCUGCACCAAUACGGAAACAAGGUGGGCUACCAGAUCUGCUUUGAGAGCACCCGCUUGCCCGCCACCAAGAUUGUCUUCCUGACGGAGGGGCUGCUGCUGCGGCAGGUACAGCGGGAGCCGACGCUGCCUGGGUAUCACGUCCUGAUCACCGAUGAGGUUCACGAGUGGCAUCUGCACAGCAAUUUCCUCCUGGGGGUCCUGCGGCAGCUCCUUCCUGCUCGGCCGGACCUUAAGUUGGUGCUGAUGUCGGCGACCAUGAAUAUCUGUCUUUUUUCGGGGUACUUUGGGGGUGCCCCAGUGCUGCAGGUGCCAGGAAGGAUUUCCCCCAUCUUGGUCAUCUAUCAACCCAUCCCUAAGGAAGAAGCAUCCAUGGUCGGGAAAUCGGGGAAAUCGGAGCACCUGGAUCCCCUCCUGUACCUGUGGGUGCUGCAAGCCAUCGACCACAAGUACCCACUGGAGGAACGCGGGGACCCACUGGUGUUCCUGAGCGGGGUAGCCGAGAUCGGCGCGGUGCUGGAGGUGGCACAGGCUUACGCCGCGCGUACCCAGCAUUGGAUUGUGCUCCCCCUGCACAGCACCCUCUCUGUUGCGGAGCAGGACAAGGUGUUUGACGUGCCCCCUCCCGGUGUCCGUAAGUGCAUCCUCUCUACCAACGUUGCAGAGACCUUGGUGACGAUCAACAGCAUGCACUUUGUCCUGGAUUCUGGGAAGGUGAAGGAAAUGAGCUACGACCCUCAGGACAAACUUCAGCGGCUGCAGGAGUUUUGGAUCAGCUGGGCAAGCGCUGAGCAGUGGAAGGGAUGUGCUGGCAGGACCAGCCCUGGCAUCUGCUACCGGCUCUACGCCGAAUCUGACUACGAUGCCUUUUCCCCCUACCCCGUGCCGGAGAUUCAGCAGGUAGCGCUUGAUGCUCUGGUGCUCCAGUUAAAGAGCAUGGGAUUGGGUGACCCCCAGACCUUUCCCUUCCUGGAGCCUCCUCCCUCAUCCAGCCUGGAGAUGGCCGUGUGGUACCUGAAGGACCAGGGAGCCCUGGAUGAGGCUGAAAACCCGAUGCCCAUCGGGAACCUGCUGGCCCAGCUUCCCGUGGACGUGGUGGUCAGCAAGAUGCUGGUCCUGGGUGCUCUGUUUGGACUGGCCGAGCCCACCCUAACUGUGGCAGCUGCGCUGAGCGUGCAAUCCCCUUUCCUGUGACCCGCUCACCCCAAUCCUGACUGCGCCACGGCCCAACGGCCCCUCGAGAGCCCCCACGGUGACCCCCUGACGCUGCUCAAUGUCUUCAACAAGUGGGUCCAGGUGAAAUUGGAAUGAAGCGGUAGCUCUCGGAAAUGGUGCCGGCAGGGAGGCUUGGAGGAGCGUUGGCUUUACGAGGCCGCCAACCUGUGAUGCCAGUUUCAGGAGCUUCUUUGAGACCACCAGCUGCUGGAGGAAGCCUCCAGCCAGCCCAGUGACAGCUACAGCCGGCAGAGCCGACACCGGGAACGCCGCGAGCUGCACCGGCUGUGGCGUUCCCACGCGGAGACGGAAGGUUGGAAGCGCAAGGUGCUGCGGCUGCAGGACGGAACAGAUGCACCUCUUCCGGCGAGGAGGAGGACGACGGUGGCACCCGUGGGAAAGGGAGAGCGCACCAUCGAUAUCCAGGAUGUCAAGUUUAAGCUCCGCCCCAACGUGGACGAGCUCCAGGCUGUAUCCAGCUCAGUUCUCUCCUCCUCGCAGCUCGCCCUCCUCAAGCUGGUGCUGUGCAGGGGGCUUUACCCCCAGCUGGCCGUGCCUGACCAGCUCAACAGCGGCCGCAAGGACUCUGAUCAGAUUUUUCACACCAAGAACAAGCAGGGUGUCGUGCUUCAUCCCACCUGCGUCUUUGCUACCAGCCCGGAGUUGCUCCACGCCAAGGAGGGACUGGAGUGCGGUGGGAUCAAAGAUCCCGCGGAGGAGCUGAGCCGCCACCACCAGCUCCUCGCCUUUGUCUCGCUGCUGGAGACCAACAAACCCUACCUGGUGAACUGUGUCUGGGUACCAGCCCUACAGGCUCUCUUGCUCUUCUCCCGUUUGCUGGACACCAGCACAGACUGUGCCUGGCUGGUAGUGGAUGGAUGGCUGGAGAUCACCGUCCCCGAUGCGGACUCUGCCCUACGCCUGCUCUCCACAGCCCUGCAGCUUCGUUCCGCCUGGGAAAAACUUCUCCACCAGCUGCUGGAAGGUCGGGGAGAGGAGUCGGGCCGCCGGCCGAGCUCCCGGGACGUAUCCGUGCUCAGCCGGAGGUUGCUGGAGUUCCUGCACAUGGAGGUGCCGUACCGCCUGCGCCAGCUCACGGGCCUGGAGAAACAGAACCUCUACAUCGGUCCCCAAACUGUGGCUGCUGCUCCCCAGCUCCCGGGGCUUUUCCAGGGGAUGGAGAUGAAGCCCGACGAGGUGAAAGGCGGCCACAGGGUGAUGGACUUUCUCACCUACAACUGCUUGGCUACGGACACGGACCUCUACAGCGAUUGCUUGCGGAGCUUCUGGACAUGUCCCCACUGCGAUCUCCACAUGCCCUUCACCCCCCUGGAGCGCAUGUGCCACGAAAGCGCUUGCCGGCCCUCCGAGGCCCCCCUGGAAGAAGCGGCCGAAGCCUCGUCCAAAACCUCUGCCCUCCACAGAUCCUACCACUGCGACGUUUGCCAGCAGGAUUUUACCUUCACCCCCACGGAGAUCCUUCGGCACAAGAAGCAGCACCGGUGACCAGGUGCUCACUGGGAUGCUCUCACCGGCUGGUGGUGGAGAUGGUGCUGGGGUCCUCCCGAAUCCCCGGGGAGACGCAGGAGACCCCCGUAAUGGCAGGGAAAGUCCCCCUACACUGCUACCUCUGUUACUCUUGGGUGAGUCUGGCUGGAUCCCAAAAGGGAUUUGGUGUUUUAAGGGUAUUUUAGUGGCUCCUGGAGCUCAUCACUGAUGCUUGCAUAGGGGCAACCUGAUUUCGCUCCCCUUUUUUUUAAGAAAACCAUGUAAAUAAAUAGCUUUUUGGAGAAAGUCAGUGCUGGCCCGGAGCGUGUUGCCGGACGAUGGGGUUCCCCUGCCCAUGCGGGUGCCCGGUUUGGUGUCUGCACCCCCAGAUGCAGCAUGGGUCAGGGGCUACAGGACAAAGGAAUGUUUGUGGGGUCUCGGGGAUGUCUCCUGCCUGCGAUGCUGCCUGGCGCAGGAUGGCCAGCAUGUGGCACUCCUAUACUGGAGUCAUCCCUGCCUCAUCUCCUUUUCUUUCUGUAUCCUGUGGGCAAAGCAUCGGAGCGGCAGGUGCGGGGACUUUACCACUACCAGGACUCCCUGCCGCCCCCACCCCCAAUAUUAAUAACAAGGGACCUGAGUGGCCCUUCAGAGGAUGCUCACUCCCAACGUGGUGAGAAGGUGCUGCCUUAAUAUAACAAGAGAUCUUGCUUUAGGAAUUGUGGCUGGUUCUGGUGCUUUUUUGGGCUGAAAAUACCUGGAGAAAGGCAAAUCCAGAGUGGCUUGCACCCACACACACCCUGCGGAGGCAAAUGCCACGACAACAGGAACUUAUCAGCUGUCUAAACCCAUUUAAAAUGCAUUAAUUAUCAGCCUGUGUGCUGCAUUAGGCUCAAGCAGGGUUAUUAGUGGGGCCCCUUCUAAUUAAAGCAAUUUGAUGGUAUUUUUAGCUCUGUGGCAUGUUGCAUUUUAUUUACCAGGCGAAGAAAAUAAUAAAUAAGUGUGGUUUAACUGGCCUCAUGAUGCUUUGGGGUAAGGAGCUUCUCCAAGAGCAAAGUUUCCUGGUUUAAAUUUUUGAAGCCCCAAGGUUCUCUGUAAGGAAUUAUCCAUCGCCAGGGCUCAGUGCAUGUUGCUGGCCGUAAAAUAGGUGGCAGAGGGGAAAAGAAAAAAGGGGAAGGGUUCUGAAUGCUUCCUCAUCCCCUUUUUUCUUGUUUAAAUUUAUUUUCUUCCUUCCCCCACUCCCCCCAACUCACAUCCUUUGCAACUUGCUGCUUGUCUUCCCUUUCUUGGUUGGGUUUAUCUGCAAUUAAUUACCACUUGGGUGCAGGUAAUUCCUGGCUGGUGGUGUCGCAGCACUUGCAGAAAUUAAUUAGGCAGGUCAUUUGUUGAGCAGAUUAUUUGGUUUGUAUGUGUGUGUGAUCUAUUUUGAGCCUUUACUGCAGGCAGCUGCCUGUACCUUAGCCUGGCAGGAUCCCACCCCGCUUUUGGAGUGUGGGGAGAGUCGUCUCACCCAAAUUUAACAGUGGGGGACAUGGGGAUGAUGCUUCUAUCGAGCCCCUGUUGCUAUGGCAGCGAGGUGAGAUGGGAGAUGCUCCUGUCAUGGCAACAGGCGUCGGAUGGGUUUGGCUUUGCUCUUUUCGGCUACAGGAACCCCAAUUCUUUGCUCUCCCCAUUAGGUUGAGUAAUGGAGGGUGAAUUAAAGCCCAGCUGACGUUUCUGGAAGCCAAAUGUCAGUGCUGGUCUGGUCCCGCAUGCUCUGAAGAACUCGGUUUUUACCCUGAAAUGCUGGGCUUUGCUUUCCAGGACGUUGAUGGUAGUUUGGUCCCUGGUUCCUGUGCCACAGGGGACUUUAGCUUUGCUCCGGGCCACCUGGGCCCACUAAAUGCCACCCACAACCAGCCCAGACCCACUCCUCAGGUUUCAAUUAAUCAAAAUGAAUACUCUCACCUUAAUAAGAAGAACCCAACAGCUUUCAGCAAUAAUCAUUAGGGCUCAUAAAGCAUAAACCUGCUCUGGCUGUUGCUCGCCCUCUUGAAAAAACACGCAAUAUUGCUCUUGCCUUUAAGGCAACAGCAAAGCCUUAUUGCUUUUAAACUAAGCUUAGAGCAAGUUAUUUACAUAACAGAAAAUUAAAUAAGGCCACCACAGCCAUAAAGAAGUGGGAUUAAUUUACUUUACUAAUGAAAGCCACAAAUUGAGGUCUUAUGUGAGAAGAACGCUGGAUUUUUAAUGAAGUCCUCCACAUUUCUGUCCCUGUGGUAACCCUGGGGUGUUUGGGAUCAAAUCAGACCAUGCUCGUGCCCUGGUUUUGCUCCGUGGUGGUCUAAAGCCAUCAGCUGGAUGCUGGUGUAACCUCAGGGGGGCCAAUCCUCAGUCCCAUCCUGGUCACCACCUUCAUUAAGGACCUAGAUGAUGAGGCUACCUCAACAUGGGGUCCUGGUGGCCACCAGGUUGACCAUCAGCAACAUGUCCUCGCUGCAAAGGUGGUGAAUGGUUUGACCGCAUCACAGAGCUGCCUUAAAACCUGAGCUUGAGUUUUAAGAUGUUGUUUAAAAGCAGAAAACUUCAUUUUUUUUCUUUAAAAAAGAUGCUGCUCUUCACCUUGAAUCUGCCUGUAAGAGUGAGACACAGAUGAAGGUCACUUGUAGUGGGUUGAGAACAGCCUUGUGUACCCGGCUGUUGCUUGUUAACGUUAAUUAAUGUCACAGUGUUGGUUGGGUGAGCUGUAAUUUUCAAUCACGCCAAUUAAAUGGGUGGAUUGAGGUGGGGGCUGGUGCACUGUGUGCUGUGCUCGUCCUCUUAGAGGCUGCUUCACUGGAGUGGUUGGUGGUCCCCAUCUACCAUCCUUCAUGGCACCGGGGAGGGAAAGGCUGAGAACAGGAUUCUGGGGGGAAAUCCUUAUUUUUUCACCUUUCCAGAGAAAGCUAGACCAAGAGCAAGGCACUAAUCCUCAUAAUUUCCCUGUAUGGCACCUAUAGGGUCUCUAACACCACCAAUAAUGCUGCCAUCACACCCUGACGCACAAAAACUCUCCCCCCCCGCCCCUUUUUUUUUUUUGCCUUUUAAUGACUGAAAUUGUUUUCCUUUCUGGAUAAAUGUGUUUUAUUGAGCUCACUUGCUCUGGCAGGAAGAUUUUCUCUUGCUGCCUGCUCUUUUUCCCCAACUGGGGCAUCCCCGUCCUACCGACGAAGCUCCUUUGAAGGUUGUUUCUGAGCAUCCACUCCAACCCAAGCUCCAUCCUCAGAUGGGCGAAGUCCAUCAUCACAAAUUUCCAAUGAGAAAACGAUUUUCCCUUUUUAUUUUUUCACCUACCAAACCUGAUGUUAAAAGACCCCUUGGGAUGAAGACGAUUUACCACAUCUCAUGGCAGCCCGUUCCAAUGGCUAAUUAUCCUGGCAGCUAAUUACCUGCAUAUUUCCUUUCUAGGCUGAAUUUCUGAGCUUUGAUUCCCACCAACGGGCCCUUGUGCAUUGCCUUUACUGGAUAAAAACAAGCCGAUAAUAUCGAGACGGCCAUUUCUUUGGGAGACAACAACCCCGCAUCAAACCCUCUCUUACAACUCCUUUAAUUAGCGAUGGAAGAAGUUGGACAAU